AUGCAGCUCGCCUGUCCCAAUAACUUCCAGACCGAGAUCCAAAUCUGGUAUGACUACUGCAUGGUCUGGUACUCCACUGACAACUUCAUUGGUAAGGUUGACAACACUAUCAAAUACGAAGCUACUGACCUAACGUAUGCUCCUGACCCAAUUUCUUAUGUCGAGAGCGUGAAGUUAUUGAUGGACAGUCUAUUAUACGAGGCAAAUUUUUUGUCUAAAAAGAGCUUUGGUGUACGAAAGAUCCAGUUGCUAAAUAACCCGAUGCUCUACGGCUACUUUGAUUGCACUCUUGAUAUUUCUGCAGAAGAUUGCACAACAUGUUUUACAGAGGCUAUGAGGGAGACAGAAUUAUGGUGUAUAACUAGACGGGACUGUUGGGUCUUGACACCGAGUUUCAAUGCACGGUUCAGUAGGGACCCAGUUCAUGUUGACAUGGUUAAUGCACCAUUGAUUACUGACAAUCGUUAUUAUGGUGGCAGCCAUAGUAGAGGAGGGUUCUAA